AUGGGUUGCACCAAUAGUACUACGGAUAUAGACGACGUUAUCGAACUCACUUCGGGCCCUGAUGUGGACGAUGACCCGAGCAAAACGUCUACUCCCACAGAUCAUACGCCAAAUGCUGCAACGGACGACAAAUUGAAACCAAAUAAUCCAAGUCCUGAAAAACAAUUAAGCGAAAACAAAAAGAAUCACAAACCUCCUACUAGUUCGAAUAAUAAAUUCAAAGAUCAUGUUGACAUUGUUUGGGUUGAUGUCACUAUUGAUCCGUCAACAAAUUCAUAUCAAGAUUCGCUGACAAAACUUCAACGAAUUACACCAUCAGUCUACACAUGCACAGACAUCCAACAAUGUCUCCACCAUAUCGAUACCGUUCAAGAUAAAAAGGUCUUUCUCAUCGUGUCCGAUGCACUCGGCGAACAGCUGCUACCUCUCGUUCAUCACAAACCUCAAAUCCAUGCCAUCUAUAUUUUCAGCCAAGCAAAACAACAUCGUCUACCUUGGGCAGCCAAAUGGUCGAAAAAAGUCAAAGAAAUCCUCUUCAACAUCGAAGACAUUUACCAGAAGAUCAAAACUGAUAGCGCUCUCAUUGGUGGUUCGACACCGAUCAGUGUCAUACGUCGAAUGGAUCUUCCCACGUCAGCUACCAACGAGCUCGAUCCAGCAUUCAUGUACUCACAACUACUCAAAGACAUUCUCAUCGAAAUGAAACAUGAACCCGAUGCAAAGAACAAGCUAGUCGAAUACUGUCAGAGCAAAUAUGCAGAUAGCAUUUGUCAGCUGACGCUCAUCGAUGAAUUCGCCAUCGAAUACAAGAGUGACUUGGCAGUCUACUGGUACACGAAAGAAUCAUUUCUGUAUGGUUCACUCAAUCGAGCUUUGCGGACACAAGAUGUGGAAAUGAUCAUGAAGAUGGGCUUCUUCGUGCAAGAUCUACAUCGACAAAUAGUGGAACGCUACAAACAACAAUCGGAAACACGCGACGGCGGUAAGUUCGUGGUUUAUCGAGGUCAAGGUGUGGCUCUGGAAGAGCUGGAAAAGAUCAGGACGGGUCAAGGUGGUCUGCUGUCGUUUAAUAACUUCCUAUCGACCACUCUGAAGAUAGAAGUCGCACAGCGCUUUGCACAAAAUGCACAUGGUAAUGAAAAUGUGGUGGCUGUGAUAUUUGAGAUGGAGAUCGAUCCGAAAAUAUCGUCAGUUCCAUUUGCGUCCGUCGACAAAGAGAGUGCAAUCGAAGGUGAAAGUGAAGAUCUGUUUUCGAUGCACACGGUGUUUCGAAUCAUAGAUGCCGUAGAAGUUGAUCAGUUGUGGCAGGUGAGGUUAGUUCUGACAAGUGAUAAUGAUGUGCAACUGAAGGUUCUUGGUGAUUACAUGAGAAAAGAACUUGGUGAAGGUGAUUCAAUGAGUAAACUUGGUCAUCUGAUGCUGAAGAUGGGAGAAUAUAAUCAAGCAGAAGAUAUUUAUGCUACACACUUCGGCUCAAGAGAGAAAAAUAACGCUCAGAUACAGUCACACAUUAAUCAUCAGCUGGGAUAUGUGUUCAGUGCAAAAGGAGACUACAAGACAGCACUUACCUAUUAUGAAAAGGCUCUUCAAGGUAAAGUCGAUGCCGUGGGAGCGGAAGACUCAUCUUUAGCUCCAACAUAUAACAAUAUUGCUGGUGUUUAUCAGUCGUUGGGUGAUUAUCCUUCUGCGCUUUCGUCUUAUCAUAAAACAUUAAGCAUAGAAGAAAANGUCCGCUCAUAUGACUAA